AGCUGGCCGUCACCUCGCUCCGCCGGACACCACUCAGUCUCUGAUCCCAGACUUUUCUCCUGAUCUCUGCAAUCAUGUCUUCAGUCCUGCAAAAGCUGAUCACCCCCCUGGCCAGCUCCUCCGCUGAGCCUCCCAGGAACAAGGUGACCGUGGUGGGAGUGGGCCAGGUCGGCAUGGCGUGUGCCGUCAGCAUCCUGCUGCGGGACCUGUGUGACGAGCUCGCUCUGGUGGACGUGAUGGAGGACCGCCUCAAAGGGGAGAUGAUGGACCUGCAGCACGGCCUCCUCUUCCUGAAGACGUCCAAGGUGGUCGCCGAUAAAGACUACGCCGUGACGGCCAACUCCCGCCUGGUGGUGGUGACGGCCGGCGUGCGGCAGCAGGAGGGCGAGAGCCGCCUCAACCUGGUCCAGAGGAACGUCAACGUCUUCAAGUGCAUCAUCCCGCAGAUCAUAAAGUACAGCCCCAACUGCACAAUCCUGGUGGUGUCCAACCCCGUUGACGUGCUGACCUACGUGACCUGGAAGCUGAGCGGUCUGCCCAAGCACCGGGUCAUCGGCAGCGGCACCAACCUGGACUCGGCUCGCUUCCGCUACAUGAUGGCCGAGCGCCUCGGCAUCCACGCCAGUGCCUUCAACGGCUGGGUGCUGGGCGAGCACGGAGACACCAGCGUUCCCGUGUGGAGCGGCGCUAACGUCGCCGGGGUCAGCCUGCAGAAGCUGAACCCGGAGAUCGGCACCGACGGCGACAAGGAGCAGUGGAAGGCCACCCACAAGGCCGUGGUGGACAGCGCCUACGAGGUGAUCAAGCUGAAGGGUUACACCAACUGGGCCAUUGGCUUCAGCGUGGCUGACCUGACUGAGAGCAUCGUGAAGAACCUGAGCCGCGUCCACCCCGUCUCCACCAUGGUUAAGGACAUGUUCGGCAUCGGCGAGGAGGUCUUCCUGUCUCUGCCCUGCGUCCUGAACGGCAGCGGCGUCGGCAGCGUGGUGAACAUGACCCUGACGGACGCGGAGGUGGCCCAGCUGAAGAAGAGCGCCGACACCCUGUGGGGCAUCCAGAAGGACCUGAAGGACCUGUGAACACGUCCACCCCACCGUGCAGAAGACCCCCGUCGUCUCACAGCCUUCCUUCGUUUUUCUAUCGUCCCGUUUUCAGACUUUAACGCCCUUACUGUAGGAAGCUAUGAGUGCCUUUUAGAGCCGAGGCAGGGAGGAUUUGGAAAUUCUAUCGCUAUGUAUCAGUGCUGCAGUCUGUCGCUCAUAGGUUACCGUCGCUCUAAAUCCACUGAUGUGAUUCCUAAAGUAAGAUGUCGGCUUCCAAACCGCUCGUUGGCUUCUUCUUCUCCCGUGUUUUGUGUUGCCGACUCCUACUAGCCUUCUCAGGAAGGGUUCCUACGUGUGGCUUUGACGAUCAAACACCUUCCAAAGGCUCUUUAUCUGUCGUUUCUACUGAUCUCACUUGACUCCUCUUAGCUGCAGGGAUUUUCCUAGUAAGAGCUCACAACUGCCCUGAAAGACCCUUAAAGUCCAACUGCGGUGUUCCUCUGGCCUCAUACUCGGCUGUAUGUUGACAGAGCAGCACAGUGAACCAGUCGCAUUGGAAACAUUGUUAAAGUGAGGGGAAACCAGUUUGUCAUAAGAUGUGUUGGAAUAAUAAAUAUGGUCACAAAGGG